GUAUAUAUUUUGGAGUUCAAACACAUAGAAAAUGGUUAUGUUUUUCUUCUCCCUAAUGUGCCAAACAAACUGAACUGAAACCAUCACCCAAAAACCGCGAUACAAACUGAACCUUGGGCUUGUUGAACCGUUGCACCACAAAUAUAUACUGUAUUGCUCCACAGACAUAUAGAAAAUAGCAUUUUGACGCUCAGACAUACAUACUUUGACAAAGAUUUGAAUGCUCCCAUUUGAAUACAUAAGGAACACCUCUGGGAAGCUACAUGAUAUAUGAAACUCAUCAUAAUGGACCCGCCCUUUAAAUGAAACGGACAUGAAUGAAACAUAAAGAAUAAACCUAAUUUUCUAACAAAUAUUCCUGUGUCUAUUUAACAAUUGAUUUCAUGCUAGUUAUUUAAAUGGCUCCAGACUCACCUGAGUGUAUCGGCUUUGUGUAUGUGAUGUGUUCAGGCAGCGACUGUUUGAGAACCUGCGGAUGCUGCCUCAUGCUCCUGGAGUGCAGAUGCAGGCCAUCCCGGAGGACGCAAUCCCGGACGACACCGUGGACGAGGACACGGAGGAUCCUGACAAACGCUUGUCCAUUCGUGCCACGGACAAGAGGAUAGCCUGUGAUGAAGAGUUCUCCGACUCUGAGGACGAGGGGGAGGGAGGCAGGAAGAACGUGGCCAAUCACAAGAAGGGUGCAAAAAGGCCCCGAGUGGACGAAGACAAGAAGGAAGGAGAGGAGAAGAAGACCGAGAUAAAAGAGGAAGAGAAAACAAAGGACAUCGGCGCUGAGAAGACUGAGUCUAAAAGUGUGAAGACUGAGCAGACCAGCAGUGCCUGAAUUCUUCUUCUUCUACUUCCACAAACACACACAAAACUCAACGGUGCUGUCCCCCCCCCCCCCCCCAAGGAUCCAACUCUUCACUGAAUCACUGUCGGAAGCAUUAUAUUUAUUAUGACUCUAUUUUCUACUUGUAAAUCUCUUGUGAAUCGUCCCUCCUUGUGCAGCGUAUCAGUGGAUUCCUUGAAUCCAACAUGCUAAUUAUGUCCUUUGAUACCCUGAACCGUGUUAUUCCAAUGUGCUUUAUCUUCUGAAGGAAACCUUGACUUAACUUGUGUGUAGGAAACUGUGGGUGAACCUGUAGAUGAACCUAGAAAGAGUUCAUGUUUAAAUUUCAAUAUUUUGUAUUCGUCAAUAAAACGUUUAUACUGUUUC